AUGGCCGGCUACAGCGGGCGCCGCGCGCCCAAUUUCUCGCAGUACAUCGACGAUUUGAACGCGAUUCCCUCGCCCUACGACCAGGCCCUGCAGCAGCAACAGCGCCAGCAGAACUCCUUCAGCCUCGAUGAGGAGCUCGCUCUGUUCACGAACACCGAAUUCUUCGAUUUCGACAAGUUUACCGACUUCGGCUUGCCCAACUUCGAAUCCGUGGACGAUGUCAAGACACAGGAGGCGGUCCCCGACCAAACCGCGCGAACUGCGGAUAUGAAGUUCUUGGAUUUCCUGAAUGAAGGUCUGCCUAUGCCCGAGUACCAACCCGAGCUGAAUGGCCCCAAUGCGCAGUCUAUGCACAAUGUGCCUUUCUCGGCGGUUCCCUCCGUCCCUAACGGGUCUGCGAACCAAGCCCCCAUUCAGCCCGCGCCAAUCAGCGCCCCUAAAAAUGUUGCACCGGCUCCACCAUCCAGUGUGAUGUCUCCUCCUACUCCGGCUGGCCCUAAGCGUAAGAACACGCAGAAGUCCACCCAGGAGAGCGCGGAGGAGGCCUCCCGCAACAUGGCUGAGGAGGACAAGCGCCGCCGUAACACCGCUGCUAGUGCCCGUUUCCGUGUCAAGAAGAAGCAACGUGAGGCUGCCCUUGAGCAGACCGUCAAGGAAACCAACGACAAGAACGAAAUCCUUCAGUCCCGUGUAUCCCAGCUCGAGCUGGAGAACCACUGGCUUCGUGGUCUGAUCAUGGAGAAGAACGGCACGGAUGAGCAGACCGAGCAGGAUAUCUCCGACAUGUUCAAGAAGUUCCUCGCAUCACAGAAGCCCGAUGCUUCAAGUACUUCCGACCUGAAGCACGGCGUGGGCACCAUUGCUUAA